AUGGCUAAUAGUCACCUCGCCAAUCCGAGUCCCCUAGGAUUCGGUGGCUUUGCAACUACACUCAUGACCCUUUCGCUUUCGAUGAUGGAUUUCCGUGGCGUUGCCAACCAGUCUGUGUUCAUAGGAAACCUUUGCUUCCUCGCAGGACUAGGUCUCCUCAUAUCUGCACAAUGGGAGAUGGUGAAGGGGAACACUUUUGCUUAUACCGUUCUCGCCGCAUUUGGAUUUUAUUAUGGCGGCUACGGCGUAAUGCUGAUGCCCUCGCUGGGAAUUGUAGCCUCCUACGGCGGUAAAACAUCCGAAUAUUAUAGUGCUUUCGCAUUCUAUCAGCUAAUUUGGUGUUUUCUGAAUUUUUUCUUCUUCCUUGCCUCUUUACCAACGAACGUUCCGAAUAUCAUCGUUUAUGCCGCCUUAGAGGUGUGUUAUAUCCUAAACUGUUCGGCGAACUUCAUGAUGGCAGAUGGCAGAAUGGCCUUAGGUGAGUCUCUCAUGACGGCGGCUGGUGCCUUUGGGGCCGUAUCGGCGUCGUCUGGAUUCUACCUUCUGGCACAUGGGUUAUGCCAAGAGACAUUUCCUUUUGAGAUUCCUUUGUGUGAAACGCGAGGGCUGUUUCGACGUGCAUCCUCGAUUCGUGCAUCCUCUGUUAAUAAAUCUUCUAUUCGUGAGAAGAGUGUUGGGGUUGACUCCGUUUGA